UGCAGAGCGCAUAGUUCCCGCGUGAGGCAUUUGGAAGCUUUCGGCCGAUAUGGCUUCGAAUGAACUUUGCGACCAAAGGUCCUAGUGCCUUCCGCAAGAAAAGACAAUGGCAACGCAAGAGCAAUCGGGGAGAUCCCAGGUGGAGGUGGUCGUGGAAGAGCAGUCGUUUGUGGUGAACCGGCGAUUGCUUGCCUUGUGUAGUCCGUUCUUCAGGCGCACUUUGGAAGAUGAGGGAAACAAGAACUUGAGAAAGCUUAAAUUGUCUGGAGUGUCUGCGGCAAUAUUCAGCACCCUACUUGACUACAUGCUCACCGGCCAACUAAAUGUGACGCCGGAAAACGUAUCGGAUGUAUUCAACGCUGCGUUUCGACUCAACAUGCCAGAUGUCGUGAACAAAUGCAUCGAGCUGCAGAGUGAAGCGACGCCACUGGGGCAGCAGGUGCUCAUGUACACGGCUGCACGAAGAAUGAACCGAGCAGACGAGGAACAGCGCGCGUACGACUUCUUGACGGCAAAUUUCAUUUCAGUCGCCAAUACGAAGGAGUUCCUUGAACUGGAUGCCCAAGAUGUCAUUCAACUGAUGUCAGCGCAGACCAUCGGUUGUCACAGUGAGGUUGAAGUUUUUGAAGCUGGGAUGCGGUGGGUGAACCAUAAUUCCGAGGAGCGCGACAAGCUUGCCACCAACAUCAUGGCUUCGGUUCGCUUCAACCACAUGAACCUGAGUGACCUACAUCACUGCCUCGAGUACCCCGGUGUACCCCGCGCUGUUCGACAGCAGAUCAUUCAUGUCAUAAGAGCGUGGCUCAACGCAGAGAGUGGAACUAUUGGCACUGAAACCGAAAGCAAAACGUCGCGACACUUCACGUCCUUCCAAAAUCAGUCGAGUGUGUCACUAACGGCCGAUUUCGAAGGGGUUCAUUCUGCUUCCAGUAACGCUCAACCACAAUCAGCAGACGUAGGAAGCACGUACACAACGUCUGACAGGUUUGUCCUCAGUAAGCCGCUCCAUACAAGGGGGAAUCAGGAUCGUCAUAACAGAGACGUCCUUGUGAGUAGUAUCAAUUUUGGAGCGAGUGAGGGAGAUAAAGAUACUUUAUCCAAGUCUCGCUCGUACAUGGACACGUUUCCAUCGAGGGGUAUUUAUGACGACUCUUCGUUUCGACGAAACCCAUCGUCUGAAGUUCAGGGAGCCUCAAGUAUAAUAUACUCUGAAAACAGUUCGGGCUCUGUGGUUGAAGAGGAGACGCGUCACAGGCGAGUGGUUCAGACUACAACUGAAGAGGUGAGAACCAUACGGAGGAUAAGAAGGUCUCGACUGGAUACGGAACCUCAGACACUCGUAGAAGAGACCUUGUGGUUCAGAAGAGGAGGUGAUGACUUGACGAAGCCACGACGUCCUGUUGACAUCAAUAUUCGAGAGAGCGAGUCCAUUCGAGUGUCUCCCACGUCGACGGAACCGGAAAAGAUCAUCCAAGGAUAUGAAAAUUUCGUUCGAGGCAUUGAGAUGCAGCAGACACCUCUUGUGGAACGGAACGAAAGGAUUCUAAGUGCCAGCUUUGCGUCUUCUCAGCUGACAGUUGGGGAAUUGCCGCAUGCUGACCAAAUGUGUAUUAUUUCUCCCAUUUCAUCACUGCAGGGGGACACAGCAUCGAUCGCCAAACCAUCUAUAAUAUCGAUAGGAGAAACUCGAAACAUAUCUGAACAGGAAGAACUUUACAGUCGUCAUGAAAUGUAUACUUCUUCUUCAGUGUCCGUGGGUAGUGCACCCCAGGGAACACGUUCAAUGGCAGAGUCUGGACUUGAACAGAAAGAUGACAAAACAAAGGUGGGCCCGUCAGAAUCCGAAAAAUCGUUUCUACCGGAAUUCUGGUUAGAAAGCACAGAAGUCUCCGCUUUUAAGACAAGUAGCUCUGAAAUGAAAUCUUUCCCAGAUAUAAAACGUUAUGAAGUUGAAGCACCACCGGACGUCGCUCUGAAAGAGCAAGCUCCAGUAUCUGAAACCUCCGAGCUUGUAGCUGAAGUGGGCGCAGUUCCGCACGGAGCACCGGUAACGAGAGAAACAGAGGCUACAGAAGGCACGUUUGAAACAGCUCUUGCAGCGUCAACCGAAACAGAACGUUCGAAAACAACGGAAGAUUGGGCAGUGCAAGAGUGGGUGCCAUCUCCUCCCCCCGAGGAAAUUCACAGUUCUGUAAUUGAAGAAGUGGUGUCACCUCUUCCUCCUGAAGACUUACACAGCGCUGCCGUUGGAGAAGCUGUCCUACCUCCUCCACCUGGGGAUCUUCAGGGCGCUGUAAUUGAAGAGGUAGUACCAUCACUACCUGAGGACGUGAAGAGCGUUGCAACUGAAGAGGUGGUGCCAUCUCCUCCUCCCGAAGAUCUCCAGAUCGCUGCAAUCGAAGUCGUGGUGCCAUCUCCCCCUGAACAUGUGAAGAGCGCUGCAAUUGAAGAGAUGGUGCCAUCACCACCUCCUGAACUUGCACAGAAUAUUGCAAUGGAAGAGGUAGUGCCAUCUCCCCCUCCUGAAAGUGUCCAGAGCGCUACAAUUGAAGAUGUAGUGCCAUCUCUACCUGAGGAUGUUAAGAGCGCGGCAGUUGAAGAGGUGGCUCCAUCGCCUCCUCCUAAAGAGCUCCAGAUCGCUACAAUUGAAGAGGGGGUGCCAUCUCCUCCUCCUGAAGCUCUCCAAAUUGAAUCAAUCGAAGACGUGGUGCCAUCUCCCCCACCUCAGGAUGUGCAGAGCGCUGCUGCUGAAGAGGUGGUGCCAUCUCCUCCUCCAGAAAGUGUCGAGAGCUCUGCAGUGCCAUCUCCUCUACUUGAGGAUGUGAAGAUCGCUACAAUCGAAGAGGUGGUGCCAUCUCCUCCUCCUGAAGAUAUCCACAUUGCUGCAAUCGAAGAGGUGGUGCCAUCUCCGCCUCCUGAAGAUAUCCACAUUGCUGCAAUCGAAGAGGUGGUGCCAUCUCCGCCUCCUGAAGACAUCCAAAUCGUUGCAAUCGAAGACGUGUUGCCAUCUCCUCCUCCUGAAGAUCUCCAGAUCGCUGCAAUCGAAGACGUGGCGCCAUCUCCUCCUCCUGAAGAUCUCCAUAUUGCUGCAAUCGAAGACUUGGUGCCAUCUCCUCCUUCUAAAGAUAUCCACAUAGCUGCAAUCGAAGACGUGGUGCCAUCUCCACCUCAUGAAUAUGUCCAGGGCGCUGUUAUUCAAAAGGGUGCAGAAUCUCCACUUCCUGAGGAGGUCCCAAGUUCUGCCACUGGGCCGUCUGUGCAGUCACCUCCUGAUGCAGGUAUCGAGAGCAAUGCCAUGCAGGAGUGGGUAGCAUCUCCACCUCCCGAGGAGAUUCCGAACUCCGCUCUUCAAGAGUGGUCAGAAUCUCCACCUCCCACGGAGAUUCCGAGCUCGGCUGUUAAAGUGUGGGUAGCGUCUCCACCUCCUCAGGAGAUCCCUAGCCCUGCCGUUGAGGCGCCUGUGAAGUCGCCUCCAACUGAAUAUCUGCAGGUAACUGCUGAACAAGAGUGGACAGAGGUUCCACCCCUCGAUGAGAUCCGAAGCCCAGCCAUUAAGGCGCCUGUGGAGUCCCCUCGUCAUGCAGAUAUCCAGAGCACUGCUAUUCAAGAGUGGGUAGCAUCUCCACCUCCCGAGGAGAUCCCGGGCCCAGCAGUUCAAGCGUCUGUAAAGGCACCUGCAGCUGAAGAUCUCCAGAGCACUGCGAUUCUAGAGUGGACAGAAUUUCCACUUCCCGAGGAGAUCCAGAGCUCUGUAGUCGAGACGUCUGUGAAGUCAUUUCCUAGUGCAGACAUCCAGAGCACUGCUAUUCAAGAGUGGGUAGCAUCCCCACCUCUCGAGGAGGUCCCGGGCCCUGCCGUUGAGGCGUCUGGGAAGUUACCUCCAACUGAAGAUCUAAGUACUGCUAUCUUGGAGUGGACAGAAUCUCCACUUCCCGAGGAGAUCCCAGCCCCUGCAGUUCAGGCGCCUGUCAAGUCACCUCCAACUGAAGAUCUUCAAGGCACUGCUAUCUUAGAGUGGACAGAAUCUCCACUUCCCGAGGAGAUCCCGGGCCCUGCAGUUGAGGCGCCUGUGAAGUCACCUCCAACUGAAGAUCUUCAAAGCACUGCUAUCAUAGAGUGGACAGAAUCUCCACUUCCCGAGGAGAUCCCGGGCCCUGCAGUUGAGGCGCCUGUGAAGUCACCUCCAACUGAAGGCCUUCAAAGCACUGCUAUCUUAGAGUGGACAGAACCUCAACUUCCCGAGGAGAUCCCGGGCCCAGCAGUUGAGGUGCCUAUGAAGUCACCUCCAACUGAAGGCCUUCAAAGCACUGCUAUCUUAGAGUGGACAGAAUCUCCACUUCCCGAGGAGAUCCAGGGCCCUGCAGUUGAGGCACCUGUGAAGUCACCUCCAACUGAAGAUCUUCAAAGCACUGCUAUCAUAGAGUGGACAGAAUCUCCACUUCCCGAGGAGAUCCCGGGCCCUGCAGUUGAGGCGCCUGCGAAGUCACCUCCAACUGAAGAUCUUCAAAGCACUGCUAUCUUAACAGAACCUCAACUUCCCGAGGAGAUCCCGGGCCCUGCAGUUGAGGCGCCUGUGAAGUCACCUCCAACUGAAGGCCUUCAAAGCACUGCUAUCUUAGAGUGGACAGAACCUCCACUUCCCGAGGAGAUCCCGGGCCCUGCAGUUGAGGCGCCUGUGAAGUCACCUCCAACUGAAGAUCUUCAAAGCACUGCUAUCAUAGAGAGGACAGAAUCUCCACUUCCCGAGGAGAUCCCGGGCCCUGCAGUUGAGGCGCCUGUGAAGUCACCUCCAACUGAAGGCCUUCAAAGCACUGCUAUCUUAGAGUGGACAGAACCUCCACUUCACGAGGAGAUGCCGGGCCCUGCAGUUGAGGCACCUGUGAAGUCACCUCCACCUGAAGAUCUUCAAAGCACUGCUAUCUUAGAGUGGACAGAAUCUCCACUUCCCAAGGAGAUCCCGUGCCCUGCAGCUGAGGCGCCUGUGAAGUCACCUCCAACUGAAGAUCUUCAAAGCACUGCUAUCAUAGAGUGGACAGAAUCUCCACUUCCAGAGGAGAUCCCGUGCCCUGCAGUUGAGGCGCCUGCGAAGUCACCUCCAACUGAAGAUCUUCAAAGCACUGCUAUCAUAGAGUGGACAGAAUCUCCACUUCCCGAGGAGAUCCCGGGCCCUGCAGUUGAGCCGUCUGUGAAGUCACCUCCAACUGAAGGCCUUCAAAGCACCGCUAUCUUAGAGCGGACAGAAUCUCCGCCUCCCGAGGAGAUCCCGAGCUCUGCUGCUGAGGCGUCUGUAGAGUCAUAUCCUACUCCCGAGUGGGCGGCAUCUCCUCCUCUGUUUAAGUCUGAAGGUGAGGAGGUCUCUUCGGCAGUUAGCAGGACGUACGUAUCCGCCCUUGAUGGGUUGGUCGAAGAGUUUCACACAAUAAAUGAAUCAUUCCUACAAGUAGGAAGCGUGGAUAUCAUGGUUGAUGAGGCCUUGAGGCCUCAAGAAGGCGAACGGAUCACAUCUGUUUAUGGCUCAGAUGCCGAGAUGCCGUCUGGAACAUCUAUGGUACAUACCACCAGUUCUCCAUUCGCAGCCGGAACUGAGGAUGAAUGGCUUUUACCCCAGGAAUUCCCACUAGAAUGGAGUCCACUUGCUAUUUUUCCGGAGGUUCUAGGAACGACAGCUAGGGUCACCUCAGCAACUGAAGGCACAAAGGGCAUAGUAGAAGUAACUUCUCGAGAACUUGCCGAUGAGCGGAGUCAAAUUGCAGCUAAAUCCGAGGGACAAAUUUCAGUGAGUAAAAAAGAAGCACCAAGCGCUGAGGAAGAUGUUGACUUGUCAUCAAAACUAGCGGAUGAAUGGGUUACGCUGGGAGCUUAUCCAGACGACAGUGUACAACCUCACGAAGUUUCUGCAACAAAGAGAAUGGAUACCAUAGAGCCCUUAUAUCCUUCAAGAGAGUCUCCGUCCUUCCAGCAGUACAGCGUUCCUCGCAGAGGAAAAUAUGUAUUGCAAAAGACAAAGAUAACCGCGACCACUGCUACGCACUCCGUAGAGCUGGUGGAAGAAAAUGUGACUCCCGCGAGUUUGCAGACAUCAGAAGAGGUUGACCACCACACAUGCAGACACGUAGAAAGCGCGAAUUUUUGCACAUGUCACAACGCCCUCGGCAAAGACAGCGGCAGAAACAAACCGCAUCCCUGCCAAGAGUCACAAGGAGUGUGCAGAGCGGAAAAAUUGAACCACAGGAAAUUCGCCGAGAAAGGUGGUGUUUCAAUGCCUCCGAGCCUGCUACGAACGCGCAUCUUUGCAGGAGGCUUGUCCCACACAGUUGAGCUCGUAAGUGAAAAAUCCAUCGUCACGCAGGACGACUUCGAUGCAUUACGUUUCAGUCCGUUCAUUCCAUCAUUCCAUUCAUUCAGUCGAUUCAUGCCAUCAUUGCGGAUUUCCGAACCGCAUAACGAGGAUAUUUACCUUUCCGGUUUUGAAAGGUGCGCACAUGGACACACUGACGCCGAUCGCCCAGAAGGUAACCUCGAGAACGAUGACAUUCCUACCUUAGUCGGAACAUCCAGGGACGAAGUGCCUAGGGCGAUUGAAGUCAUAAUGAGAAAAAUAUCGCAUGUAGCGUUGCAAAAACGUCAGCUGGAAGACGAGUACAGGAAAGAGGUUUCCGAGAACCGGUUGAAGAACAUUGAACAAAACCUCGAAAAAUUAACAAAGCGCGAGGACAGCCUGUAUAGGGCGCUCAAAAUGCUAGCGAACUCUAUGUCGUCGCCGAUGUUUCAUACGAGAUCCGAGGAAGUAUUCAGCACAACAAAUAGAGACUCCACCCAAAAGGAGUCUCAGUCAUUUUUCGGCCACAUCUCGUCAUCUGUCUUCAAGACAAAGAUGGAAGCACUAUCGACCCCAGUAACCACUUUGUUACCAGGAAUUAUAUACGAAGGUACUGUUAGUUCUUCGCAUGAUACCAUGCACACGAAGACUUACGUAGAAACUCAUUCACCAAAUGAUGUGCCAGAAGACAAGGUGUUGUCGUCGGUUGUCGUCGUCGUGGAAACUACGGUGACCGAGACACCUAGUGGAGACACUGAACAGCUCCACGAAGAGAGGGAUGUUAUUGAUAGCGCCACACGUGAUGAAUCGUUGAAGAUCCCACCAAAAGAUCGAAAAACUGUGUCAGAACCGAACUUGUCGUGCUCAAGACCCCCAACGACAGAGCAACCUGCGGAAGCAAGUAGGGUUGAACCGGAUCGGGCGAGGGCUUCAGAACAGCAGGCCGAAACUUUCCGGUUGAUGUUUAAUGAUGCGCAGCCCUCCAAACAGUCAAUGACCAACACAAAUGUUGCCGACACGAUAUUCAUCUCUGACACAGCAACUGUGUCGCACGCUACACCAACCGUUCCGCCGCAGGCCACGCAAGGCAUGGGAGCCGCUGCGGCGUUGCCUCCUAAGCAAGACUCGUCGCGGCAGUUGCUGAAAGUUGUUAGAAGGACGAUUGUGCAGGAAACCGUUACAACUACCACUACAGAAAAAAAAGUGAGCAUGAAAACUGUCGUGAACGAACUCACGGGAGUGCAGGAAGUGGACUCCCAUGUGGAAAUCACAACAAAAGAAGAGGUUCACGAUAAUAGACAAGAGGAGGUUGUAGAGUCUUACGAUUCUCAGAUACUUCAUUCUUCUGUAUCCGGAGUCACUGGCGACGGGGUCGUAGGGAAGGGCAUUCAAUCCACAAUGCGUAGCACGACCACAGACAUAGCGUGUUCAGCACCAGAGCAUCAGUUAUCUACUGAAAAACCAGUUGCAGCUUGGGGUACUGAUGACCAUUUGGCGGGAAGUCACAUUGGCAUAAACCUUGAGAGCCCUUCUGAUCACCAUUCUAUUUUAAAGUCGUCUCGAAAAGAGGAAUCUGAUCAUGACAAAAGCAAAAAACUUGAGUUCGGCAAAUCGGACGAGGUUUUUGUGGAUUCCGUUGCGGUGACGCAGGCAGAGCACGAGGGAGAAGAGGAGGCAGAAGAUGAGAAAGAGUAUGAAGAGGAAGCGAGUAUGUUUGCCCGGUUAGGCAGACAAGACUCCAUCGCUGUCUCUAAAAUUCGGUUGAUGAAACCGGAUAUUAAUACGGAGGUAGAGACCGAGGAUGCAGACAGCAAGACGAACGAAGGUGAACAAAAGGACGGUAAUUUUUUAGGGGAUAGUAACGGGGGGGAAGGGAAAGGAGGUACGGGACAAACUGCGGUGGAUUCGUCAGACGCAACCCAAGUGACUGGCGACACGUCCGUAGAAGUAUUUCGACAAGAGGUGUCCGACACAGAAAAGGCACCAUUGCUGGAUAUUCCACCAGAGACUUCGGAUUUUAACACUAUAAGUGACAUAGGCGAUUUUCAAGUAAAAAAAGCUGCAGAGCUGAAAGGUCCCCCGAAUGGUCCCUCCAGCAAGGUAAUUAAAGAGGUUAGAAACUGCGAAAAUUCCAUCAUGAUGGCCGAAACGCAAGAAGUUUUUUACUACACGAAAGAGAAGAUAACCAAGAAACGCAUAUCGGAAACCAAGGUACUGCGCGAAGUUCGCUCAUACACUGAGAUCGUAGUUGAACGAAAUACCAGUGAUGUGUCACUGAAACCCAAGAUGCCGGCAAUAAGCGAAGAGGUAGAGCCCUUAAAGUAUAAACCCCUAGGUGGGACCAGCUCCGUUAAAAGUAUUUCGGAGCAAACUGCAUCGGAAGGACCCGGUGAUGGGAAGCACACGAGUAUACUGCCAUGCAGUGAGAGCACAGUCUCUGCAGAUACCCGUGAAACCGAAGGCUUUAGGGGAGCCAGCAGUGGCGAGCUCCAGGGCAGCCAGACGAAGUCUUUGAUGGUUAGGCAGUCGUUGGAUAAUGAAGAAAAAUCGGUCCCAAAGCAUCAGAAGAUAUCAUACGAGACAUCGACCUCUACACAGUUAGAACUACCACCGGCACGUAUGCCUUGUUCAGAGGGGCCGAGUGUGUCUAAACCUACUUUUGAAGAGAAAACUCCGGAGGUCUUCCAGAACCCCUGUGAUACUUCAAAACUAACGGAUGGAAGAAGGGAGCAUAUUACGUCCAGUACAGAGCAGGGUCAUCAUGAGUCACGUGCAAGAAGUGCAGACACAGAAGGUAAAAGCGCUUGUAGCAUCGGUGACGCUGGGUUGGUGUCCUUCAGUGUGACUAGCCCUGACCUCACCAAGAAUUCUUCGAUGAUUCCGGAGCCGGGAACAAGCGUACACGAGCAUUUAGGAGAAUGUAGAAGAAACGACUCUGUCCAAUGCCAAGUAGAAAACCAGUCUUUGAAGAGCUCAAACAUAUGGCGAACAGAUGCCUCUAACGGAUCUGACUGCCAUGUGCAUAUGCAACCACUUUAUCUUGAAGAAUCAAUGGUGCUGUGCGAUACCACAGCAAAUAACUGCACUGAACCGUCAACUGCGGCGGUGGCUGCUGAAACCUGUUCCUUGAAUACAGAAAGCACGUCACUCGUCCUAGACCAGGUUCCUAGCAGUUUGCUGGCAGGAGUGGAUCACGCCAGCAUGCAGUCGCAAAAGUCAGAUCCAUACAAAAACUUUUCACCGACGACAUAUUACUCAUUAGUAAGCAGCCAAGCCGAUGCGAAUGUGGCAGCAACCGGAACCUCCCCACGCGACGCGAAGCUUGAAGAUUCGACUUGCACGUCUGCAGGUGCGCUUCUUCCCUUGGAAACGACAGAAGUUUUGUCGUUGUUGAAAAGUCCAGAAUGUGCGCGAACUAUUAUGGAGGGCAUGGCACAGUACGAUAUUGUUUCUCUAGAGCAUGCGCUCCAAGAGAGAUCCAGAUCGCUGCAACCACGUCACGUUGACGCAUUGGAACCAGAAGUUUAUCAAGAUAAGCGUCACGUCUUACCUGUAUUGCGUCGCUUUGCAUCGAAUGGUGAGGUCGCAGUGCAUGAAAAAGUGAUGUGCUGGUCGGUGGAAGGAAUGAUGGUGCGUCCACUUGCUCUGGAACGUAUGACUGAGCGUGCGGUUGUGGAAACUGAAAACGAAGAAAUGAAGAGCGUGCUCCCAUUGUACCCUGCGAGAACAGCCGCGGUUAGGACCCAUGAUACCCCAGUCGAAGUAUGCGGAACCCCUUUUGAUGAAUGCGCUCGUAGAGAAGUUGUCGAAUGGUGUUGUUCACAAGGGUUUAACUCUUGCGUUGUAGAAGUGGCGGCAAGAGAAAAAUUAAGGCAGAUAAUCGAAGGACCGCAUGAUCGGCUGAAGUCCACAUACCAAGACAUUCCAAUGCUUGUACACAAAGGCUCGACGAACGGACUUUCAGAGGUUUAUAUAAAAAACAACCUACUGACUUUGGCUGGACAACAGUUUAAACCUGACGAAUAUUUGACCGACGGGAAAGAGCACCCUAUCUACGAACUUGAAGAUGAAACACUGAAACUUAAGGAGACUGAGACGAAUAUUUCCAAUGAAGAUGUGCAGCUCGUAUUAACAGUAGUUCGACGAACUCUUGAAUCUUGCUCACGCUGUGAAAUUCCUGGGAUAUCCGGGCAUAAGAAAGAGGCAGGGCAUGACAUAUUAGACUCGAACAAUAAUAUUCUUUUGGUUGCGCGUUGUACUUCAAAAAACCUGGAUGCAGAGAACUAUGACUUUCCACGAAAGGACCAGCUAGAUCAAAGAAGGGAAUUCGGCAGCAGCCCACAACUGCCUUCUGCAAAAGAACUGGAAGGUAUCGGCAUGGAAGGUGCUUCAACAGAGCAAUCCGCUGCUUGUCUUCAAAUGUGUGCAAUGACAGCAGGAGUGGAACAGAGUCCCAGUGACAUCAAGAUCUCAUUGGAAAUACGGAGGUCAGCAACACAGAUUGCAGAGCCGUGCACAAUACCUGUAUUACGCCGAGAAGUACAACAAGAAACAUGUCUCUUCCAAAUCCCUCAAGCAAACGACAUUCAUGUUGUCCCUGAAACAAGAGAAAAUGGUCACGGGAAAAAUCUUUCAGAAAUAGGAGAAGCUGCAUUUUUGAAUAAAUAUGACGUAGAAGCUGGAAAAAUUUUGGAACCGUCCGUGGUAACUAGCCCUUCUGAGCUUGUUGAACUGAUACCGUUACCAGGAGGUACUACCACACAUCAACCUAGAAAUUGGAAUAAAGGUCAAGUUGCAAAUCAAGAUGAUCUCGAAUGCAGGCCAGUACUUUCCAUAUUUCCAAGACCACUCGACUCUUCGUGUAAUCAGUUUGCGACAAACAGAAGCGCGCCUUCCUUUAGACAUCUCGAAGAACGCAAUUUGGCCGCCGCUUUGCUUGCUACCGAAACACACAGUAAGCAUUGUGUGAAUCUUCAAGGCGUCCAAACCGUCAGCGAAUCCCUUGAAGCAGCUCCUGUGAGUACAGCAAGAGACCCACACGACAGUACAGUUACCCAACUGUCUACACGACCGACCGGUAUGCUGACUGAGGUGGAAGGCAAGACAUUACUAGAACUGUCCGUAGAAGGCAAGACGACUGUAUGGCCCAGAGACAUGGAGGCAUGUGCUCCAGCAGUGCCGUUUAGACCAGCAAAGGAAAUCUCAUCUCCCGCAGUGCGUUUGGGAUACACGUCUCAUAGAGAAUGCCCCGCGAAUUUCUCAAGCACUCCAGACGAACGGAGAGUGGAAUGCGCUGCCUUGGAGAACGCUUCUGAAGGUGGUGUGCUGUCUUUCAUAAACAAGAAUCUGGAAGUCACAGCGCGGUCGCCUGAUGAAGCAAUGAACGUUACUUUACUGGGCGUCACGGGCAUGGUGAUGAAGUACAACGAUAUAGAAGUAAAGAGGUUGUCAGAAAAUGUGGUGGCUGACGUUGGCAUCGUUCGAGCAUCAGCAGCAUCGAAUACAUACGUGACCGAACCUCAAACAGAGGAGCGCUGCGAUGAGGCUGCGCUCAUCUCUGAGGAAGCCCUUUCUGUGCAGGAAAUGAUAUUGGAUGAGAAGCUAAUGUUCUGCGAAGUCGUACCCGCGGUCUUGGACGAGCUGACGUACACACGCGAUGAAGGUCCUAAUGCGGACACGCGUGAUAUUUAUGCAAACUCUAUUGCGUUUGAUUCGUUCAGGGACGGUGCUGGCAUUGUAUGUCAACUAUCCUCGUCUGUCGCUUGCCUGCUGGAGCAGCAACGACAAAGUUCAAAACAGCUGCUUCCUGCAGAGGGCAUAGUCCAUGACGAUGGCGAUAAACUGCCGUGUAUACAUGAUGCAUCGGCUGUUGAUAGUGAAGCUGUGGACAUAGAUCCGUUGUCAAACAAAGUAGUUGACCGGAUUACGGCUGGACAGAUCGAGCUAUUGUCGUCAGCAUCUCAAGGCAUGAGCGAACACCCAGACAUAGAAGCUGAAGGUGUCGCACCUGAUGUGGUGGAAAUAAUUGUGAAUGAUUCUACAGGUGGAACAUCGUUAGGGAUUCCAGCAGGUGCCAUUAUGGAAACAAGCAUCCGUGGUGUGACAUCCGCCAACGCUAUUACUUUUCCUGUAUCCGAUAUUCAUCCUCGACAAGCGUCUGUGUUAGGUGAUCGACAUGGAGAAACAUGGAAACAGGAGCAUUACACCAUAAGGAACAUCAACGAACAAUCACUCGUGGAAAGAAUUACUAUUACUUCGUCAGAAAAUGCGAAUGUGGAAGAACAUCUGUGUGCGCCUGUAUCAAAUCUCCUGCUGGAAUGUACAGAUAUACCCGAAAGCCAAUCCUACAUUAUCUACGAGGAUCAUGAUGGUUGCGCACCGCCACAGAGCAAAGCUUUCACUGGCGAAGGCCCUGGUGAUUUAGUAUGUGUAGAUGCCAUGCUGCAUGCACAAGAAAAUGCAGAUCUUUCCAAUCGAGACAUACCGGAAGUCGUGAAUACCAUAUCGAGUCAAGAAUUUCGAUCCUCACGCAAACGAUGUGGGCAAAGUCGCGACGAAAGUGCUCUCGACGUUGGGAUACACGAUAAAUCGUCAUUACGGGAGGACGAAGGAAAACUUGCAAAUGAAGCGCCGCUUGUUCCUGUUGCGUCCGUGUGCGUCGCCACAGUUUCAUUUGACGCUGCACACACGAAAGAAGAUAUAGAAUGCAGGAACCAGAAGAACGCUUCACCUGAACUUCCACGUGAACGAAAUUUAGCAACUUAUUUUAAGAACGCGUUACCUACAACGUUAAGCAAGAUGUGCGCAAGAGUGACCGAAAAUCGAAACGAAAUGAAGAAACUUUCUUGUUUCUCACAAGCAGCAUUUAAAGGCUCGACUGAGUCACCUCGCCUGAGCGAUACGCACGAACCGGCUGUUGUCUCUAAUGGGAUCGUCAGCCCCGCAGGAAGAGUAAUGAGUGUUGAGACGGAAGUAGAACACGCCACGAUAGAAGACAAAAUGAUACAAAGUGCAAUAAACCAGCCCGUCGGUGAUAAACAAGGCUUAUACGAUGCUACAGCAGUCGAGGAAUCAUUCCAGCCACCAGGCGGUACAACUUUGCAUCCUUUGUGCCAUACAAACGACGAGCAUUAUUCGGGUGUAGCAGGAAUUUCGUCUUCCUAUCUGCCAGGUGGAGUUACCGACACUGGCCACUUUGUCAUCAAUAAGUGGCCCACUGUUCAGGCAAGUCCCACAGAUACUUCAGAAGGCGUGCUUAAAGACACCCUCAGAUUUUCAUCCAAUGCUCACAAGUUGUACCACAGUUCUGAUGAGGCUUCCCUUGAGGUAGACUGUUUCAAGCGGGGGACACAUAAUGCCCCAACAGUCAGUGGCUUGCCAGAGGUUUCCACGGAUAUUUUGCAGGGUUACAAAAGAGUAAUCGCUGAGAUGUCUGCACAGGCGACAGAUCCAAGCACGAGACCAGAAGAUUCUAGAAGAACUCAAGUUGCUGCAUGGGAACCUGAAGCACCUGAAACGAAGUCUGGAGCGCCUGUGGGUCUCGAUAAAAAUGCGGAAACUUAUAGGCGCGGUGAAGAAAGUCCACUUCGAAUACACACUUAUUUCUUACAAGAUCACAAAACGCUAGCAUCAACAAAUGUUUCUGUGGUUCUCCCUGUUGGAGGGAAGGGCACGGUCCCAAGAUAUAUAAGCGAUCACCAAUGUGUACAGCAUGAUGAGGAACGGGACAGAAGUGAUGACGCGGCUGGGCUAGAAGCUUCAUCGUUGGUACGAGCACGCACAAAACUAUCUGGGAGCGCACGUGUUGCAGAACGAUUUUCAGACAAUGUGGAAGCACGAGGGGCUUUGGUCGGAGAAGUAAGAGCUGCGGGAUGCCCACUGACAUACUUGUCGUGUGACGACCUCACGACAAUGCGUGGCCUGAAAGCACACAGUAGUCCUGAGGGCACUCAGCACCUGGCUGCGAUGAGUACAAGUGCUCACAAUAUAUCCCACGUCGCCACGACACCAGAAGAGGGAGAGAGCAUGCAGAACGUGAUCGGGUGUUUUUCAACAAAAGGUAUUGUGGCUCGCACAGAAGCGUCUGAGGAGGCAGUCACUGGGAACUACAGCAGGAUGAAAUCUAUACCAGUUGCAAUUGAAAGACAGAAGCCACAGUCUAUGGAAGGCGACGUGGGAGCUUCAGAAAAACACGACAUUCCUAUAAGCAAGCAACCACCAAGGGAAAGCAUGGCAAAGCUUUCUUGUAAGCCAUUGAGCAAGGUGCGGAAGAGCAGCGAUAUAGAUAUAGUGUCUGGUGCAACAACGUAUAAACGUUUUGCAGGGAGCCAUACCGCGAACACGGAAAGUGCGUUUAGCGAGCGACCAAACAAAAGUGAGUUGUCCUUGUGGGCUCACGAAGUAGACGAGAGACUUCAAGCUUGUCGAACUGUAGAGCAGUGUACCGUUAAUGCAGGAAGUGCAUCUGCAAGCAGUGACGCUACGGUAGGAGAGUGCAUAACUCAAACCGCUCUACCUGGGGUGGGAAUGUCUUCAACUAACGCGUCUACUCAAUUCCGUGUACCUCAGGAUUGUGCAUCAGAACAGUCGGUAUUUUUUGGGCAGUUGCAUCCCGGAAUACAUACCGCUGCGUGUGCUACCGAGGAAAUUUUUGCUGUGGCGUCAGGACGACUAAUUCCUUGCGAAAUUCAAAUUUCUUCAAUAACUGAGACGUUUCACGCCUCCACCAGCAUGCUUAAGACUUGUAGUACCUAUGGCACGUCGGACGCAACACAGAAAAUUGCUACACGCACGACGCGUGAAUUCACGACAUCUGCAAGUUGUGUCUCAGCCUCACCGCAUGUUCAUGAAAUUUUCGAGUCACCUAUCGCAACCGAUGUACAAGAACAUUCAGGAUCGAAAAUUGCAUUGAAGCCAUCCUCUAAAGCUACGAAGCAACCGACAUUAUUUGAAAGAGUUCCUGACAAACUCUCCGCAAGACGCCGUGUCUGUCGUAAGACUGUGUCUCUGAAGCUCCACGCGGUUGCUCCGGCACCUUUCGAAGAGGCCUACGACGGCCUUUCGACCGCUUCCGCGGGCCUUUCGACUCUGAAUCUGUCACAGGAAUGCACAGAAGAAAAGGAAUUUGGAGCAUUAAUGGCCAUUCACGCGCCGACAUGGUCACAGACAGAAGUCGUCGCACAUAUGGAGGCUCUUCCGCUGAUAAGGACAUCUACUGAAGCGUAUCAAAACGAAAAUAUAUUUGAAAGAAAAUUAUUUCGCAGCAGUGAUAGUUCCAGGAAGCCGUCUGGUUCGCAAUCUGCAGAUGUGCUAAUGGCACCAAAAAAAUUGAUCGAUUUACAAGGUGGGACCACAUCGACCGGAUGCAGCGUAACCUCGGAAACUACUUCGAAGAGCGCUGAAACGUCGGUAGUCAAACAGUUCAAACCGUCACCGCAUGCCGUUACUUCAGGCGCUCCAACCGUUUCAGGCAAACAAGGCUCUCUGAAGCUAGAAGCGGGAGCAAUUGUGCCGUGGGAAGACCUCCAACCUAGGGUGGCGCCUCUUGCUUCAUUACAACCUGCCGAGAAAGGGCUUUUAUGUACAAGCGAUGUGCUAACUGGAGUUGCAGAGACUGCAGCAUUCUUGACAUCAGGAAAGGACCGCGCCUCCCAGUCUCUCCCCAAAACUUCAAAGGAGAAGCGCCUUAUGGGAUCGUCGAAAGUCCGCGAUAUAAUUCGCCAAAUGAAUCAGCAGCUUCAGCCCAGUGUUGUCACACCUCAAGAGUUCGAACGUCCUGCAUAUGCACCACAGGCGUCAUGGCCACCGACUCAAACUGAUGUUUGUGAGAUUAUUCGAGACGAAAUUGAGCGUCCGGAUAUCGUUUAUUGUACAUCUCCGAACUCAACGGCCGAGGAAGGUUUCGUGCACGACGUUACUGCUAUGCCUACCAUCGCUCGGGGAACCGUUGGGAAGAAGUUGCAGUCCACUGCAGAUGACAGUCGCGGAACCGCGGCGACGCCCUGCAAGCGUAGUAAGUCAAUGUUGGAUGUGUUCAAGCAUGAUCGUCCCUCUCUGGCCUGGCCUGAUAAUGACAGAGAACCGAAUGGAACGCCCAUUCUUUAUUCAAUGAGGAAGGACACUGAGGGAGUGGAGAAUCAUUCAGCGUUUUCUAGGAAGAGUACAUCGAGGGAUGAUUAUUUUGAAUCUCUCAAAACGAACAAGAAGGAAACUAUAUUUUGGAGCACGAAACCAUCUGAAAACAAAAGAAAUAGACAACCAGAACAGAAACAGACGUCGAAACAGCUGUGGAAUGUAGGUAGACCACAGCAUCCGAAAUCUGCUUUAAUAAAUGAAGCGUUACGAGCAGAGCCUUCUCGAGAUGUUUCGGGGACGAAAAAGCACAAGACCGUUAUUCCCGACCUCUACGUCUUGGAAGGAAGUAGCUGGAGGCUAGGAGAUAGUGUUAGUGUGCACUGUGAAAAUUCGAGCACAUACAGAACGACAAAAGACACAAACGAGUCACCGGUGGUUCAGGGAAACCCCCUUGUAUCAGACUCACCUGAACGAACAGAGAACGAGACACGUCUCCUUAGCGUUGGAUCUCCUGAAAAAAAGGCUACGCAGAAAAUAGCAGAGGAACCGCCUCAAGUUCCACGAAAUCAGGAUAACAGUGAUGCGCACGAGCUGCAGGGGCCUGCUGGGCAGUCUAUCCAAGAUGAAUCCCUCACGAUGGACGAACUUGCCGAGUACAUGAAGCUUGCGAAGGACCUAAAAGUCAGAAGAGGGUCCUGCUAUCCACCGGGGGGCCUUAAGCCAGCAAAGAUACUCACCACUACCUGCUCCCGCAAGAAGCCGACUGUAACCAUGGAGGCCAAGAUAGAGCUUCACGGUAAAGGGCACGUUACGAUGACUUUUGACGCCAUAGCUGAAGAGGAAACUGAAGCGGACGAAAGUAAUGUGUUUCAACCUCCUUCCAUCGCCUCAGUUGUGCAAACACCAAGGCGAGGUAACGUCGACGAGAAAGAUGGGUCUGUUCCGCCAUCUACACCGUUUCCAGAAGGCAUGAAACGAAAGUCUGUCGAUUUCGGUCGUGUGGGACGCCAGAGGAGCCUGACAUAUGAACCUCUGGAACCACCGUGCAGCGUUAGUCACACAGUGGCCGCGCUGGAGCACAAAAAGGAUCAGAUCAGCCCUUCUUCCACAUCAAAGGACAGCAUUGAUUACCCAACGCAAGAGUCCCCAGGUGGUGUCCCCAAAGACGUUUCGCCGACGAGUGAAAACAAGACAUGCGUUACCAGAGAUCUUGCGGCUUCGCCCUUGAAAUCUGCUAUUAAGAAUAUCCAUAAAGAAGAACUGGCCUCUGGGUCAUUGUCUGCAGCAUCGCUUCCGCCAGAAAAAAUACCAGUGUCACCGGUCUUGCAACCAAUACACCCCUCGCGUCCUUUCAAAAUGGAAGCAAAAGACAAAGACUAUUCUGCUUGUCAGAUUGCUAUGUCAGAUUUUAGCGGUUUCCUUCCUUCUGGUCUUUCGUUAGCUGACGGGCAGCCAGAGGUAUCGCUGAAUAUUCAUCAGCCUGCGACAGGGCCCGGGGACAUGACCUCACCUGUUCAACAACAACUUGCACUGGAACAUACUGAGACGACGCGUGCCUUAGAAAAAACAAACGAACCAUCGAAACCAUCGGGCAAGGAACAGCCGGAGUGCACACGCCUCGAGGAAGAUGUCCAAACAUAUGAGGUUCUCAAAGGUGACGUCAAGCAAGACGAGGGAAAUACACCUCCUCCCACGCAGGAAAUUAAUGACCGGAUGGCAGACACUGCAUCUCACGUACGUGAACAUAAAGACAAAAAAACAGAUAGGCAAGAAACCAAGGCGGGAGAUGCUGCUGCACUAAGGGAUCUACAUGCACCAGUGAAGCAAAUGUCAGGAAAUGUGUCACCAAUGAGUCAUCCCUCGUCUAGCAGAGAUGAGAAGUUCAUCGCUAAGACAGGUCUAAUAGCGACAAGCACUUCUACUGUGAGACGUCUAUAUGAAGAAAUUCCUUCUCCUAAAUCGCUGAUUGACAAACAACAUUACCUCAAUGGAAAACAUGGCGAUACAGUUGAUCGCAGAAAGCUUGGGGCUGUCACUGCUGGUGUCCAUCUAGCGCAAGAGUAUAUGACACCGAGCGCGACCGCGUAUUUUGAAACUCUUGCCGAGCCUGUAGCUACAGGUGCUUCAGUUGCUUCGCCACCCAAAGCAGUCGUCUCAACCACCCAACCCUCAUUGUCGGACGAACAACCUACACUGUUGACCACAGAAAAGUCCGAAAACAUACGUGAACUGCGGAGUGUAGCAGCACCCACGCCUGUAGUUGAGAGUGAGCCGUACCUGCAACCAGGAGGAAGUGAGUCACAGGAGAAGCAACGCACCGAAGUGCCAGAGGAAGCUGUAACGGGGUCUCUUGAAGUGCAGGAUGAAGCCCAAGGAGAAGCACCAAGUACAAUGGUGUCACCUUACAAAAGAAGUGAGCUGACGUCACAAGAAAACGUCCAGGAAAACAUACCGGCUUCUAGGACGGAAGCUAGCGAAGGAACAAUACAACCUUAUAUUGAGAAAAAUAUAAUAGAAUCUGCAUUACCAGCUGCUCCAGUGGAGCUUGUGCCUAGUGACGAUCAAUAUGCACAUCAAGAGCAUGCUGAACUGCAUGCUGACGUAACUUCGACGGACACUACCGUAUCUAAACAAGAUAAGGUAGAGGAGGAACUUACUGUACAAUCUACUGCGAAGCACGGCGAGGGAGCUACCCGUAACGCACAACCUGUAGAAGCUGAUCAAGACAUUCUAAAGCAUGACGUUCCCAAACCUUGCGCAACUGUAGAACAAGUAACACUGGAACCUCCGUCCACCGGAACUCCUACUGUCCGCGAACCUCAUGUUGUUGAGAAAGAUGAUGGUAAUGAGUUCGAACGGAUACAAGACAAACUGCAGGAAUUGCCCGAAAAAGUAUCUGACGAAACACUGACGCAUCAACAAAGGGAACCAAGCUCAGCACAUGCUGAAUCAAUGCCUGCAUUAACUGCAGAACAAACAAUACAAAGACCACCGUCCUGCGAAACAGCAGAGGUGGCCCACGAACCUGGUACGGCUGAGAAGGAGUCGGAUAAAGACGAACAGACACAAGAGAACUUGCACGAACUACCGGGAGAAACGUCUGACAAAAAGUUGCCGCAAACUAUUCCGCUGCAAGCAAUCUCGGAAGACAGUGGAAUGAAGUCACAUACUAACAACGUUCCAGUUGUUCAUGAGAAAGACGGCUUACCUCACAGGACAGCUGAAGCGCCUUCGACAGUACUCGAGGAGGUAAACCGUGUGAGAGCAUUGCUCGACUUUGAGGUUGCCCUGUCGAAUCAGCGUCCUUCCGUUGUGCCCAGAGCCGAAGAAGUACUUCAUGCUCUCACGCUACCCGAUGAGGAAAAGAAAGUGCAUGAAGAAAGUGCGGUGCCUGGGGACGCUGCAGAGCUGGCAAAGCCUGGGGAAAACGCCGGAACUACCAUGGAUGUCGAGGACGAAGCUAAUGCAUUACAGGCAAGUGACUUCAACGAAGGUCCAAUAGCCGAUUGGGAAGUUGAACUACAGAAGCUGCGUAUAUCUCGGCUCCAGGGCAGUCCUUAUGAAGUACGGUUUGCGCAAUCGGUUUCAAAACCUUUUACACAUGCCCCUAUCGAGCUGGCCAGCUCCGCCGAAUUAAAGAGUGACGAACAAGGUGUCCGGGCUCCUACAGAAACGGCAACAAAGAAGGCAAGAGGAGGACCGCAGCGGUUAACAUCUUUUGCGCCUGCCUACGACUCGUCUCUAGUAAUUUUGCACGAGAAUGAUAUUCUCAGUUUAUCAACGUCGGCCUAUGACAUCCUUAUCCAGUGUGAGCGAGAAAUAGUGCAGCAUUUGCAUGACGCCGCAGCUGUUUCCGAAAAGCUUGUGAGUCCAGAAAGCACGGCGGAAGUGCCUCAGAUGGACGCUGAGACUGCGCCUCAGCAGGUGUUGUCAAGUGAAGAGGUAAUACUACCGUCACUUAAAGAGGAUGUUUCCAAGAAAAUCGCACUCGAUGCUGAUGUUGCUGGGAAACCGCGCAUGGGUGAAGCACAAGGUGAUAACGCGCCGGGGAACAUUAGAGAACUGGAGGGAGGGGCACCAGUCGAGGCAGCAAAGGUGGAUCAUGCCUGGGAAGUUACCGUAACCAUGACGCCUGUUGGGGCUGACAUGAAAACAAUGGCUACCAAAGUCCCUGCAGCGCCGAAAGAACCAAUUGUGGCAGACAAGACGCGAUAUGAAGCACAAGGCAUCAAGGGAGAAAGCACUGAAGAGCAAGCAGGGGAUGAUAGAAGACAUGGAAGUGCACCAGGAGAAAAAGAGCAUGAGCCAGCCCUGCCUAUGCAGGGUGCACAGGGCAGCCAUCCUCAGUCCGCACCAGCAGGAAAUGCACCUGUUAACUUAGGGGAUCAGCCAACACAGACACGUGACGCGACAGGCCCCAGAGAGGUGGAAGCAUCAGGAGCUCUCGUGGAAAGAAUGCCAACCGAGGUUGCUUCAAAGGAAGAAUCUCCACACGCUAUGGUAACCAGAGAGGUUCCGGGUGCAUGUGUUGAAAGUCAAGACUUACAGCUUGAAGAGAAGCGGGUGCAAGAAACGAUCGAAGCUGCGGCAAGUAUACACGUACAAAAAGAGAGCGCAAAGCCUGAAACAACGGUCCCAACCACUGGGGAACGCGACCUGCUUGAAGCAAGGCUAGAUUCAGAAACAAAGCACGAAGGAGGAGACGCAACUGCAAGCGUAACACCAGAUCAACCUUCAGAGCAAGUUCCUGAACCACUUCUUGCGGAAACAAAGGUAACCAAAAGCGAGGAGAUAGUGGGAAAACCUGCCGCAGAAAAGGCCCACUACGAAAAGCUCGCCUCAAUCGAAGAAGCUGAGGAACAACUAAGCGUAGAAGCUGAAAAAGUGGCGAUAUCAAAAACACCUGCGGAUCAAGUCGUCCACCCAGCACAGGAAACAGUAGGAGGCGAAGAAAGUAAAAUAAUUGUUGAUGAUUCUGAACCAGCUGCAACCGAGCGAAGAGAGCCUGAGAGCGACGUCACGGAAGGAGCACCGUGCGGUGUUGAAGCGGAACGGAGCACCUUCAGCCAAGACUCAAUGAAGAACUGGGAAACCGAGUUACGACAACUUCGUAACUCCCGGUUGCAGUACAGCCCUCAUGAAGCCGAACAACUAAAAGCGGGUCCCCAAGAUCUUCCAAUGUCACAUAUACCGACCAGACCUGGUGAUAGAGAACUAAGUGAAACCAACAUUCCGAUUGUGGUCCAGGGAGGAGGGCUAAAAAAGGGUGAACUGGGACCUCAGCGUUUCGCGUCUUUCGCGCCCACAGUGACCAGUGAUGACAGUGUUGUAAUCGUCUACGAGCACGAUAUUCUAAAUUUAGUGACGUCAGAUUACGAAGUUCGUAUUCACUGCGAGCGUGAAGUCAAGGAGUGUUUUCGAGAUGCGGGGGUGUCAAGGCAGCCUUUGUCCACAGAGGCCACACGAGAAAUAAUCACGUCACAGGAAAGGCGCACCGAGUUACAAGCAGAACACCUAGCAGUGUUACACGAAGAUAUCGUACAGCCUUCUGACGAAGUCGCUACUAAAGACGUGUCAAUUCCGAAGGAAACGGAAAAAGAUGCUUUUAAAGAGCUUGUUCCCAGUCAGUUGGAGCCUGCACCUACUACUUUGGAAGCGGGUACUACAGGGUUAGCUGUAGACUACAUGACGCCUCAUGAACCCAUUCUGGGCACAGAAGGUUCAGAUAAUAAACAAACCGUGAAAGAUGCCACUGUCACGGAGUCGCCAACCGAGCUCCUUGUUCAAGAUGCAUCUCUGCCACCCCAGCUGCAUGAAACAAAAGAUAUACGAACCCCACUAGAAAACGAGAGUCUCAAAGUGCCAGUAGCGGAAAUGAUGGAUGAGGCUUUCAUUGAUAAACCACAUUUGAAGGACGCUAAAGGUCAUAUUGCAGACUUGAGUGAAGAAAGAACUGGCACAGUGGUAGAAGGAAAAGCGAUCGACGUGAAUGACACGCAUGUGCUCCCUGAAGAGCAUAGUGUACUGUCCCAUAUAGAGGACCACGUUGCUGGUGCAGUGGUCCCUUGUGAAACUAGAAUGAUAGCAGUUGAACGGAAUGAGAUUACAGAGAGGACAAGUACGGAGGUUGCAUUGCCAGAGUCCUCCCAUGUAGCCCUCAUGGAAGAAUUUCCUGAUAGGACAAAAUCGCUCGACGUUCUGACUAUUAAUGAAAAACACAUCCAGCUGGAUGAGGCGGUAGUAAAGAGCCAAUGCAUGCCGGUGCAAGAAGCAAACGCGUUUGUUGCCCAUGAAGUUCCAGGUGAAGUUGCAGAACUUCCUAAGACUGAAGCGAAAGGUGACACCGCGGACAUCCGCGAAGAGAAAACUGGCUCAGUGCUUGAGGGAAAAGCGAAGAACGUGGAUAACACACCUGUGCUCCCUGAAGAGCAUAAUAUACUGCCCCACAUAGAGUCAGUAGAGCACCACAUUGCUGGCGCAAUGGUUCCUGGUGAUACAAGAAUGAUACCAGCAGCACCGACUGAGAUUAUAGAAAGGACAGAUACUGAAGUUGCGCUGCCACAGCCUUCCGAUGUAGCGCUAAAGGAGGAACUUCCCGAUAGGAGUAAAGCAAUCGCAGUUGUGAGUACUAAUGAAAAACCUAUCCAGCAGGAUAAGCCCGUAGUAAAGAGCGAAGGCAUGCCCGUGCAAGCAGGAAAGGCGUUCAUUGCCGAUGAAGUUCCAGAGCCUCCGGAGACUGAAUCAAAAGCGCCACCUAUUGGAGAAGGCGUUUUGCAUGAAGACCGUACCGGUCCCAAGGAAACAAUGCCAGAGAACGUUCCGUUGAUAGCUGCGUCGUCCACUGGACUACCUGUCGAGUACAGUGAGGCUGCGGUCACAGAAGUCGGCUCGCGUGAAAUAUCAACGGAGGACGAAAAACGUGUGAAGGAACCUCUCCAGAUGCAACCUGAAGACGACACUGCACUAAACAAAGUGAUUCCGCUGGAAGAACUAAAGGAGAUCGAAACAAAACUUCUGCAAACAUGCACGCUGAAUAACGCACUGUUUACGGAGAUUGCUCAACCUAGCAUACCCUGCACUGAAGAGAGGUAUGCCAAAGCUGUUUCUCCUAGUCAGACGCUCGAGGAAAGUCACAUACCUCAAGAAACAAGAGGCGAGACUGCAUACGAACCUAGACCCAGUGUAAUGUUACAGGAAGGCGAGCUAGUAAAACAGGCGUCGUGUAGUCAACUGGGCCUUAUUGAAUCUUAUAUGGCUGGUCUGUUAGAAGGAGGAACUGUCUUGCCUCAGGCAACCUUAAUCGGCCUAUCGUCACGAUAUGUAAAAUCGCCUCUUCAAGAUGACACACAGACUGCUGUAGUAGAAGUCGUCUCCCACGAAAUAUCAACUGAGGAGGAAAAACAUGUGCAAGCACGUUUGGAAAUACAACCUGACUACGAUAGAGCAGCAGAGGAAGCUCUUCUCCUCGAAGAACUGAGGGAGACGGAAACGGAACUCUUGCAUAUAUGCACGCAUGAAAAUAUGCUCUUCACGGAGGUCGACCGGGCUAUCAUGCCCUACACUCUGGAUGCGAAACCUGUUGCUCUUGGUGAACCAGCUAGGGAAAGGCAAAUUCCUCGAGAAACGCGAGACGACACUGCAUCAGAACCAACAGCCAGCGUAGUCAUAGACGAAUCCGAGCUAGCGAGACACGCAUUGGAUUCACAUGCUCAGUUAGACCUUAUGGAGUCUUACAUGGUUGAUUUGUUAGCGGGAGGAACUGUAUUGCCCUAUGAAACUUCAGGCGGUCUAUCGCCAGGAACUGUCAGUGCCCGUGAUGAACCAUCAGUACCUGGCGUAGGAAUCCCACACCAGGUUUCCUCAGUAUUCCUUGUACCACCCCCUGUCGAAAGCCUUCCUGCUCGCCCUACCUCUCGUACUGCGGAUACGCAGACAGAAGUGAGCGGUACUCCAUCGGGUGUGUCCAUAGAAACUUGCGUUCAUAGCAAAGACCUUCGCGAAGCUUCCACCUACGCAUAUCUUUCGGAAGACACGGAUGAAGGCCGAAGAGUUCCAGACGAUUAUCUACCACUUUACUUGCACAGAGUGACACUCAAUGAUAAGCCCUCAAUAGCAGAUAUGAUUCAGAAGAUGACACCAUGUAGCGAGGAGUGGGAGGAAACUAUUCCACUCAAUUGGAAGGUGAACCCAGCCAAGGACCUAGAGAGGUGGCCUUCGCCCUGUGUGCAGGACGUUCGUUCACCAUCUCUUUUGAUUCUCGGGGGUAUCAACCUGAGUGCGCUGGACCAGGUCCUCACAGGGUGCGUGAUUCUUCGCUAUAACUUUGAAGAAAAGGAAUGGAGACGUUGCAGCAUGAUGCCCCUUCCUCGUUAUGGACAUAGAUGCGUCUUCAUGAAUGGCGAGAUCUACAUCAUUGGGGGCUUCGAUAACCGCGACGCUAACUACGGCCUACGGAUAUCCACCAGCUUCUGUUUCCGUUAUAAUGCUCGAUCCGGGGAAUGGAGCGUGGUGGCACCGCUCAAGCACGCAAGGGGUUAUCACGGAGUCGCUGUCGUCAAUGGCCGCAUCUACGCUGUUGGCGGCGUUGACGCUAAUGAUAUGCUGCUGGCCAGCGUGGAAUGGUACAACCACGAUGAUAACUCCUGGACCGUACUGGACAAGGGCCUGUACUGCGGUCGAAUGGGAAUGGGAGUGACAGCGUUUCAGAACAACCUGUGGGUAGUCGGGGGCAUCGUGCAGAUCACUUGCAAGCAGACAUGUUCAACGGCAUAUGCUGAAGUCUACAAUCCAGCAACAAACCAGUGGACAUACGCAGCGAGCUACUUACCGUCUCCACGAACGUGUGUGUCGCUUCUGAACGUCAACGAUGCGGAAUUAUAUUGCUUCGGCGGCAUCUUCUACAACUCCGCGAGCGCAGGCAGAAAGCUGCUUACCAUCGACGACAUCCUAGUGUACACAGACGGCAAAAAGGCCUGGAAGCAGGUGGCCAGCAUGCCUGCGCCACGCCAUAACGCGCACAUCAUACAGCACAAUGGAGAAACUUUCGUCGUGGGUGGCCAGGAUGUGGAGAAGCCCAACCAUCCAGUGACCGACGUCUCAUCCAUGGAGUUGUCAAGCAACAAAUUCCAAUGGAAAUGCCUCAAGGACAUACCUCUGCCGAUCUCCGCCUAUGGAGCUGUCAUCGUACCACCUCUGGAAGGAUAAAAGGCCCCGUGUGUCCCGCAAAUUAGUGAUACGCUCUACUGGCGCGGAUUAAUAACGCGCCUGUCAAAUACUGCCAAAAACAAUAUCGAUUAUUCUCUUUUGACGUGCGCAAUGCGGGAAACUGCAGCAACGCCUGCGGCUUCCCUUCUACUUUAGAAUAACCUCAAUAAAUUAUCAUUUACGCUCUU